AGAGGGAGGGAGCGAGCGGGCGACAUCUUGGAUUCAUGAGUGAACGGUGACCGCCGAUUCAUACGCCGUGCAGACGCAGAAACCCAGACCCAGAAAAUCUGUUUUCCGGUCAGAACGGACCCUCUUGACAACCGUGAGUCGGCCAGGUUCGGUCCAGAGGGACAGACAGAAACGGACACACCGAGUUUUCCAGCAUGACUUGUGAACAUUGAGUUAAAGCAGCACCAUGAUUGGAGGACUUUUCAUCUAUAAUCACAAGGGCGAGGUGUUGAUCUCCCGUGUGUACCGUGAUGACAUCGGGAGGAACGCCGUGGAUGCGUUUCGGGUUAAUGUGAUCCACGCCCGGCAGCAGGUCCGCUCGCCUGUCAACAACAUCGCCCGCACCAGCUUCUUCCACGUCAAACGUUCCAACAUCUGGCUGGCUGCCGUCACCAAGCAGAAUGUCAACGCGGCCAUGGUGUUUGAGUUCCUUUACAAGAUGUGUGACGUCAUGACAGCCUACUUCGGCAAGAUCAGCGAGGAGAACAUCAAGAACAACUUUGUGUUGAUCUAUGAGCUUCUAGACGAGAUCUUGGAUUUUGGAUACCCCCAGAACUCUGAGACCGGAGCCUUGAAAACCUUCAUUACUCAACAGGGUAUUAAGAGCCAGCAUCAUACGAAAGAGGAGCAGUCUCAGAUAACCAGUCAGGUCACCGGACAGAUCGGUUGGAGACGCGAGGGCAUCAAAUAUCGUCGCAACGAACUCUUCUUGGACGUACUGGAAAGUGUCAACCUGCUGAUGUCACCACAAGGUCAGGUAUUGAGUGCUCAUGUCUCUGGCCGUGUGGUGAUGAAGAGCUACUUGAGUGGAAUGCCAGAGUGCAAAUUCGGCAUGAAUGACAAGAUCGUCAUCGACAAGCAGGGCAAAGGAGCCACAACCGAUGACUCAGUCAAGAGCAGCGGCAAACAGUCCAUUGCGAUCGAUGACUGCACGUUCCACCAGUGCGUCCGGCUCAGCAAGUUUGACUCUGAGCGCAGCAUCAGCUUCAUUCCUCCCGAUGGAGAUUACGAGCUCAUGAGAUACCGCACCACCAAAGACAUCAUCCUGCCCUUCCGCGUCAUCCCAUUGGUCCGGGAGGUGGGCCGCACCAAGCUGGAGGUUAAGGUGGUGAUCAAGUCUAACUUCAAACCAUCGCUGCUGGCACAGAAGAUAGAGGUGCGCAUCCCAACUCCACUCAACACCAGCGGGGUUCAGGUCAUCUGCAUGAAGGGAAAAGCUAAAUACAAGGCCAGCGAGAACGCCAUCGUUUGGAAGAUCAAGCGAAUGGCUGGUAUGAAGGAAUCUCAGAUCAGCGCUGAGAUAGAGCUGCUACCCACUAAUGACAAAAAGAAGUGGGCUCGCCCUCCCAUCUCCAUGAACUUUGAGGUUCCCUUCGCUCCAUCAGGGCUGAAAGUGCGCUACCUGAAGGUCUUCGAGCCGAAGCUGAACUACAGCGAUCACGAUGUGGUCAAAUGGGUGCGUUACAUCGGCCGCAGCGGCAUCUACGAGACCCGCUGCUAGCAGAGGCCCCUCCACAGAGAGACGCAGCAGAAUAGAUGGCGGGAUUACCAGAGAACGAGCAGAAUGAAGUUAUUCCUUGUCUAGCUCUCCCCUCCUCUUCCUCAACUAUGUAUACGGUGGUCCAUUCACACAAAACAUCAACAAAGGGAAACUAAGCAAAGAACAUCACACAAAACAGAGUAGUCCCACAUAGUUAAACACACAAGUUUAUCUGCAAUGAAAUGAGAGUAUUCACAUCAAGUGAAUUUAAGUUAAAUGUAAACAUCCACCUUAUUUUUUCAUCCUUCCACUUCGAACAUUCCAGUCCCUCAUUGAAUCUAUAGCUAUGUGGGGCUUUGGCCUCGUUCCAUCCCAUGAUUAGCUCUGAACCCGUGUUCUGAAUCAGUGAUGUCUUUAUCUGCUUUUGUGAACCCAAAAAAACAGAUUUUUUUUCAAAGUGGUUCCUCCCAAUAGCAUUCAUUAGGUAUCGUCCACGUUGUUCUCAGUGAAUUUGUGUAAACAUUAAGCCCCACAAUGUUCUUGAGUGUAAACAUUGUCCAUUAAAGAAAAAUGUUUGUGUAAACCAAUACUAAAACUCUGUACUUUUUGUUUAGAUUUUUUAUUCAUCUCUAUGUAAAAGAGUUUCUCAAUGUGACCAAAAUGCUCAGAGGUGUGAGGCUGCUUGUAUUAAUUCUACAAAGCGUACUAAUGCUUAAGUACUGUCUGUAUACAUAUAGACAAUUAUAUACACUGUAAGAUGGAGUUUAAAAACAACAACAGAGCUGACAUUGAGGUGUUUCGGCUUUUAUUUGGUGUUAUAUAGUGCAGUCUGUGUGUGAGACCGAGCCUCCAACAUCUCUCAGGGACUUGGCAUUUGUGUGUUUCAAAAAAGAAAAAGUGAAAUGGCUUUGUAAUAACAUGGUGGUGAGUGAAUGAUAACCACGCUUUCAUUUGUGGGUGAACUUUCCCUCCCAAAAGGCAUUUCACUGAAUUCCUCAGAACAGGAACUGGAAUUUUGAGCAGUCUUUCUGCGUACUUAUUCUCGUGUCCUCCGAGGACGCCAGUGGAAUUAUCUUAACGCAAAGCAUUUUAGAUUGAACACCACAUGGAAGCACAGUUAAGUGUAGUUUGACUUUAAACUGAAUUCUGCCCUUGCGUGCGAGCACUUGAAUGGACGUUGUUUCAGGCAACACUACAAACAUAACUCUUCGGAUUAAGUGUGCGUUGUGUCGAGCACUCGUAUCAUAACACUUUACUGUCUGACCUCAGUGUGGUUCAGUUCUGAGAGAUGAUGGGGCUCCUUUAGCAACCGUGUCAUCUUCGUUUGCUAACUUUGUGACUGUUGUGUUAAUCCUAAUAAAAUGUAUAACCAA